AUGGCGGUCAGGGAGGAAGAAUCGGAGUACGAGAGUGAUCCCGAGGACGCGCCGUUGCCAAGGAUGCGUCGGAGGGAGGCAAGCGACGACGAGGAAGUUGAAGGAUACGAUGGGCGGGGGAAAUCUGCCGCGGGAGACCAGGUUGGAUCCGACGGCGAGUCGGAUGGUCAAGGUGGCGCCGAGGUUUAUGAUGAUGAAGAGGAGUACUACGACGGCGAGGAGGAAGAACUGGCGGGCGAAGUAGAGGAAUUCGUUGCUGUAGAAGGAAUGAUGGAAGGAAAAGGAGCGAAUAUGGGGGUUGUUCCAGUGGGUGAAGGUCCUAGGGACUUGGGAAAGUCGCCGGUUCCUGAUGGCAAUGGGCAGGCGUUUCUUGGGACUUCAGAAGAAAAUGAAGACAAAGAACCUGUUGAAGAGGAGGUGAAGGAGAAUGAACCUUAUGCUGUGCCGACUGCUGGGGCUUUCUACAUGCACGAUGAUCGGUUCCAGGACAAUGGCAGGGGUCGCCGAAGGUGUAUGUUUGGUGUCCAAAAGUUGUGGGAUUCUAAAGAUGAACGUGCUUGGGUACAUGAUAGAUUUGAAGAAAUGAAUCUGCAGGAUGCACAAAAUCAUGAGGGCGUUAAGAUUGUUUAAUUCGAACAAUGGAAGGAAAGGAAGA